UCUCUCGACGAUUAUGUGCACUCGACGUGCACAGACCAGCAGAAAUAAACCGCCGGAAAUUUUUCUUAUAAAUGUAAACAAACUCAAGAAGAUCGUACUUGUGCGACUAAAAAUAUAUCUGAAUUUGUGGGUACCUACUUCAAUUGUACGUAAACUAUCUUUAGCUUUAUUAUUAUGAAGAAAAAUAAAGGAGAGAAAAGAAAAAAAGUUCAUCUAAUAUUUGAUGAAAUUGAACGAGCAGAAUUUCUCACUGGAUCUCGAAAAAGAAAUUUGGCUCGUAAAGUAAAAGCUAAACUAAAUCUUGAUAAGAAGUUAAAAGAAGAAAUGAAAAAAAUAAAACAUAAUCAAAAGGAAGCAUUUGAAGAAGCAAUUAAGACACAAAGAACUGUCCCAGAAGUGGAACAUCUUGUUGAACCUGUAACCUAUGAUUUACCUGACCAUACAGUGACCAUCAGUGAAGUAGACAAUUCUCCUUCGACCUUUCUUCCUCUUGCUGCAGGCAAAACUCAAGAAGAAAUUGAGAAGUUACGAAAAAUGAUUAAAGAGAUGAAAACAAAACGAGCAAAAGUAUUACAAAAGAGCAAUAUUCAAUUUGAAGUGAAGAAACUUCAAAAAAAAAGUGAUAAGCUGAAAGCUAAAAGAGAAAAAAAACAGUACCAAAGGAAUCUGAAGCACAUGAAAAAGAAACAUAAGAAGAAACUCAGCAAAUAAUAUGUUUUAAAAUAAAAGUACUUUCUUAA